AUGGAGUCGAAUGGCCCCAAAACAUUUAAGCAGUUCUUCGUUUUUGUAUUUGAGAAGACUUCCUGCUUGUCAAAAGAAAAUAUGAAGAAAGAAAGUUGUUUGGAAAUUAUUCAAGUCAUAAAACAAUUUCAAUUUGCUGCUAAAACCAGCUGUAGAAAGAAAGCUUUAUUUGAAAGAAGAGUGUCUCGAAAUAACGUCACAUUCCUCAAGCAACAUCUGUUACCAAUGAUUUCACGCUUCCAUAAACAUCAUUCACGUUCACCUUAUUGA